AUGGAUGAAUCUACUGCGAAAGAGGCUCCUGUGUCCAAGACUGAUAUUCUUAAGAGUCAACGCCACCAACGCCGAGGUGCGAAGGGCAAGCUUACAAGAAUAGGACAUGCCUUGAAGAGCUUGAUAGAAGAAAGACGGCCUAUUUCAGAGGUGCAGGAGAUCUAUGAAAGGUAUCUUCUUGCUUAUGAAGAAUUGCAGAAUAGGCAUGAAUCAUUUUCAGAGCUUAUUGAAGAUGACGAUGAAUACGGCAUGGAAGAAAGAUGGAUGGAUGAAUGUCAGCAGUCUUUCCUUAGCCAUCAAAUUUCUUUCAGAGAUUACUGUAAGGGAGAGACAGAGAAAAAUGUUUCAAGGCAGAAACUACGAAAACAGAUGACGAAUGAACAGCCAAGUGAUGAUAAUUCAGAAGCUAGUUCUGACGAAACAGCAUCAAACGCACAGCAAGAUGGAAGUCAUACCCAGAGUCUGCAGAUAAGAAAUGUACAGAAGAGAGUGGGAUCCAUGUUCAAAAUGGAAAAGCCAAAGAUGCCCACAUUUAACGGAAAUGUGCGAGAUUAUUGCAUAUUCAAGGCUGACUUUCAACAUGCUCUGGGAGAAGUUUUUGAUGAAAGAGAUGCUCUAAUGAUAUUGCGAUCAUGUCUGCAAGGUAAACCCCUACAGAUGAUUCAAGGAAUCGGACGAGACUUCAAAGCAGCUUGGGAGCAGUUAGAUAUGGUAUAUGGAGACCCAAGGUUAGUUGCAGACGCAAUUAUUCAUGACAUCACCAAAUUUCGCUCCUUGAAACCAGGUGAAGAUGAUCGCUUCUGUGAAUUUGUGAACAUAGUACGCAGAAGUUACAAUGUGCUCAAAGAAAUUGGGAAGGAGAACGACAUGAAUAACAGUCACAUGCUGGCUAUCAUGGAGAAGAAACUCACCCCUGAAGAUAGAAAGAUCUGGUUCAGGAAUCAAGAAUUGGGUGAAGCUUCUGCAACAUUUGAGAAAUUUCUUCAAUUCCUCACCCUAGAGUUGAAGGCAAGGAUGAGAUCAGCAGCUCCGGUAAGAGGUGAAGUAAAAGCAGGCGUCAACUUUGUGACCAAGAAGUCCAGCCCAAGUACCAAUAACCAGGAAAGGAAGUUCGACAGAUGCUGGCUCUGUAGAGAUGAUUCCCACUGGACUGACCAAUGCAAGUCAUUUCUGUCCAAGUCGUUCAAGGAGAGAAUGCAGAUUGUCAAGGAAAAUAAGGCAUGUUUUGCUUGUCUGAAAAAGGCUACCUAUGGUCACAGAAUGUCUACUUGCAAAAGACGACGGCGCUGUACCGAGAGCGUGAAUGGAGAACAGUGCAAGUACUACCAUCAUCCUCUUCUACACAAUUCAUCAGAUGUUAGAGAAGUUGGUGUAGCUUGUGUUGGUGCAAAGGAAGCUCUCCUACCAGUGGUGACAGUGGAAGUGGCUGAAAAGAAAACCUGGAAAAAGUGCAAUAUGUUACUAGACUGUGGAGCCCAAUUGUCAAUAAUAAAACAGUCACUUGCAGACAAGUUAAAGUUAAAAGGCAAAGAAGUCACUAUUGUAAUAUCAAAGUUGGGAGGAGUGGAAGAGGAGGUGAUCACGAAGGAAUAUAAGGUCAGCGUAAAGGAGUUAGGAGGACGAAAUUCCUUGCCAGUUACGGUGAUUAGCCUGCCUCAUAUCAGUACCACAGACAGUGUACCAGAAGAAUAUCUACAGUCAGCAGCCAAACAACUUAAGAUUGAUCGAAAGAUGUUCAACAGGCAUGGUGGAGAGAUUGACUUACUAGUUGGCAGUGAUCAUCCCAAGUUCCAUGGAGGUGAGUCAAAGGAGACCCACAACUUUACUGCUCGUCAUUCACCUGUUGGAUGGGUGAUACUAGGAACAUUGCCGCAUAGAAGGAUGGAAUCAAGUAAAGUUUUGCAUGUGCAGUUAGCCAAGCCAGUGGAUCUGACUGAGUUCUGGACGACGGAGUCGAUGGGAGUCAAGGACAUCGACUGCCAAUGCCAACCUACAGGGAUGACCAAGGCAGACAAAGAGGAGUAUGAUAUGAUUGAACGGUCUUGUGUCAAAGAAGGUAAUCAGUGGCAAGUUUCGUAUCCAUGGAAACGAGACCCAAACAAACUUCCUGAUAACAGAUGGUUAGCUGAGAAGAUGUUGGAAGCUACGGAAAGGAGGCUUCUAAAGAAUCCUGAUCAUGCAAAAGCUUACCAAGAACAGAUGACCCAGCUGGUAGAGAUGGGAUUCGCACGGAAGUUGUCUGAUAAUGAAGUCAGUGGAUAUUCAGGACCGGUACACUAUAUUGGUCACCAUGCAGUAGUUAGACCUGAAAAGAAAAGUACCCCAGUGCGUAUUGUAUUCAACUCGUCAGCAAGCUAUCAAGGACAUUCUCUCAAUGAAUACUGGCACAAGGGUCCUGACAUGUUAAAUUCACUUUUUGGAGUUCUGAUGAAGUUCCGCGAUCACUCUGUUGCGGUCAGUGGUGACAUAUCCAAGAUGUAUCACCGUGUCAAGGUACCAGUAAUUGAUCAACAUGUACACAGGUAUCUCUGGCGUGAUCUUGAAGUUGAGAGGAAGCCUGAUGUCUACAUAAAGUUGGUUGUCACCUUUGGCGACAAGCCCUCCCCGGCAAUGGCCCAAAUUGCCUUGAGAAAAACAGCUGAAGUAGCAGAGAAAAGAGUCCUAAAGCAGCACAGAUCCUGA